UAUUCUCCUCCUUUCGCGACACUCACAGACGACGACCACUCGGCAUGGAUUGUGAUUGCUGCUUCACUGGCGUUGGCGCUGACUCUGGCAUUUGCCGGCAUUCGCAUCUUCAUUCGCAAAAUCAUCAGUCCUGGCGUUGGGCUGGAUGACGCGUUGCUGGCGGUCGCGACCGUGUUCAGCGUUGUGGAGGCGUCCCUCGUACUCGGAGCAUGUCGUGUGGGGUUUGGAAAGUCGGAGGUCUCGCUGUCUGUUGAUGAUUUGAACACGGUACAACAGCUAUCCUAUGCUGCGACACUCUUCUUUGCCCUCGGCGUUGGACUCUCCAAGGCCUCCGUCGCUGCGUUUCUGCUUCGGAUCGCACCUUUCAAUCCCUACAGGAACACCGUCAAAGUCAUCUUCGCUCUCAUAUCAGUCUGGACAUUAACCCUGGUGUUCGUACUGUCGUUCAGAUGCGGCUUGGACCGACCGUGGCGCGUGAGCACCGCCAGCUGCAGUGAUGCAAUUCUUCUUCGAUGGGAGAUCCUCGAUGCAUUUGGUUGUCUAUUCGAGCUUGCCAUGGUCGCUAUCCCCAUCUGGCUCGUCUGGGGUGUUUCUGCACUGAGCUGGAGUCACAAAGCAGUCGUGGUGGUCAUGUUCGCUUUUCGCCUCCCAGUCAUUCUCUUCACUGUCCUCCGCCUGCUGAGCUAUCCGGAUGCCAAACGAUGGGAUCCGAACCUCCUUGAGGCUGAAUUCGUUUCGUGGAGUCAGGCAGAGCUGUGUUAUUCGCUGAUAGCAUCUACCAUCUUGGUCAUGCGGCCUUUCAUCACCAACUUUGUCACCCAUGACGGCGGAAGCGGG